CUUUUGUUAAGCAAUCAUGCCAAAUGACAAACCACUCAUCAAGCUUUCUGUCAAGAAUUGGGCAAGAGAACAAAGAAUGGCUAUUGCACGAGCGACUGGUCAAGCAUUGACAAACUGUGCGAUGGGCGAGCCUUGGUCUACUGAUUACUGGAACAAACUACUUUCCUAUCUAGACUUGACACAAAAACAACUAUGUAAAAAAAAAAAAAGAGAACAUUAAAAAGAGAUCACUUAUAUUUAAUUAGGCGUCCUCACUCUUGACCAAGCUAUAGACACGCUAUCCAGUCAGAAAGACAUACGCAUCGACGUCAUGCUUGAUCUUGUCGCCUUGUCUAUCUACGGUCAUCAAAAGGCAGAGAUGUAUUAUGAUGCGAGAGCCAGGAAUCUAUUGCUUGAACUUGAACGUCUCUUACAAUUAUCAUGUGGUGAUCUCAAUGCAGUCGAACGCAGUGUCUCUCAGCAAAUGUACUAUGCUCUACAGGAACAGCAGUCGUCUUCACACACUGAUAACAUGGGUGCCUCUGCCAAGAAGGCCGUACAAGAGGGUAAUAAGAAGCAACAGGCAUUACGUUGGGUUGCUACUGGUGCAGGUAUCUUGGGUGGCGGUGCAGUGAUUGCCCUUACAGGUGGGUUGGCCGCUCCCCUCCUGGCGCCACUGCUGGUAGGUGUCACAGGCGCUGGUUUCUUUGCAACCGCCGGUGGUGUGGCUCUUAUCACCAGCCUCUUUGGUCUUACAGGUGGUGGAUUGGCCGGAUGGAAGAUGCAUCGUCGCAUGAAGGGGAUUGACGAGUUCGAGUUUCAGCAAAUACUCAGAGAUCCUGAUUUGCCUCCUAUUCCUAGCUUGCACUGUACCAUUUGUAUAUCUGGCUUCUUGCUUGAAUCAGCAAAUGAAACCAAGGUACGUGACGCAAUACGUUUAUGUAAUCAGCACUUACAAAAUGAAAAAGGCUCCUUGGGAACACGCGUUUGAAGGAAAGCAUGGGAGUGGUAGUGAUAUCUAUUGCUUAAAGUAUGAGAAAAAGGAGCUACAUGACCUAGGAUACUCUUUCAAGAGAUUCGUUAAAGACUCAGCUAUCAAGUACGCUGGCAUGGAAGUAGCCAAAUCAACCGUUCUCCAUGCAUUUUUCGGUAAGUAUUGAGAUACUGUGUGCAGGAUCUAACAACAAAUGUAGCCGCUGUUGCUCUACCUGCAACCAUCUUGAAAAUGGCAGAUGUU